AUGGUUCUCUCGACUACUAUUGACAAUCCGUUUGAAGUCAUCGAUUCAUUGGAUCAGUUGAACCAAAGACAGACAUUACAGCCGCGACUAUUCCUUAAGACAACUGACAUCCACUCCAUUCAAACCCACGUAUUGGUCUCUUCAUACUACGACAUCGAGAUUGUGAUGACAAUCAAUCCAUCGCUUUAUAGUCAAACACUUCACGUCUCAGACAAUAAAUACUUUGACAAAGCGUUUGGCUUUGUUGUCCAUAAACAUUGCGAUACAUAUCUCAUGAGAAUAUACGCCAAUUUAAUUAAGGAUGUAUUGGAGACAGGUCUAUGGGACAAAUGGAAGGAGCAGGCUGCUGUAUUUGCAUACUCCAUAUUUGUCCAGGAUGGCUAUCAAGUACCAUCUGCUGAUAAUGAAGAUUAUAUGCAAUUGGAUGAAACCAAAGUAGCUUUGGGUCCCUAUAUUCUGGGUCUAAUCUUUCAAGUGUUAACACAUUUCAAUCAAAUGGUUCUCUCGACUACUAUUGACAAUCCGUUUGAAGUCAUUGAUUCAUUGGAUCAGUUGGACCAAAGGGAAGCAUUACAGCCCCGACUAUUCCUUAAGACAACUGACAUCCACUCCAUUCAAAGUAACGCAAAUCCUAUGGAGAAUAGAGUGCUAAACAAAGCGAUGACUAAAAAUGAGACCAAUUAUAUUGAUUACACUCAUUCAGACUUCUACCAAGAUUUAGACCCAUUAAUGGUAACCAUUCGCGACAAUAAGACCCAUGUAUUGGUCUCUUCAUUCUUCGACAUCGAGAUUGUGAUGACAAUCAAUCCAUCGCUUUAUAGCCAAACACUUCACGUCUCAGACAAUAAAUACUUUGAUAAGGCGUUUGGUUGGGUACUCCAUAAACAUUGCAAUCCAUAUCUGAUAGGAAUAUACGCCCAUUUCGCACUUCCCGUAGAGAUAGAUCCGGACAGGUAUCUGACACUUGAUGGCUAUAACCACACGAGUGCUCCAUAUCUCACAUAUAUUUAUAAAAACGAAGUACAGAUAUCGCUGGACGACUACGAACUCAAUGAUAUGAUUCAGUCAUUCACUGACAUACUGGUGCCUCUUAACUCGCCAUCCAUUUCCAUUAUGGGAGGCUACUAUCCAAACACUGACUCCAACCCAUGAAUGAAGGUUUCGUUUGAGACGGGUCUUUGGGACAAAUGGCAGGACGCGGCCGCCAUAUAUGCUUUUAAAUACUAUAUGUCCGACAAAAAUAUCGUAUUUGAAUUUUCCGACGACACCAAAGAUCACUAUAUGACCCUGGAUGAAAUGAAAAUAGGGCUUGGUCCCUUUUUC